AUGGGUCUUCUCUACACCUUGGUCAUUCUGGGGCAACAAUACUGGUUGCACAUUCUUACCGUUGGACUCGUCCUUCGCCUCGCGCGCAACCGCUACAAACCCGUCCUCAGGGACAUCCCCGGGCCGUUCCUGGCGUCGCUGUCUGACCUCUGGCUCUUUGUCCAUUGUGUCCGCAGAAAGUCAAAUCAAGACUACCUGUUGCAUCGCAAAUACAACUCACCCCUCCUACGCCUGGGGCCCAACACCGUGUCUGUCUCGGACCCAGAGGCGAUUCGCAUCAUCUACGGAUGGAAGCGUGUCUUUCCCAAGAGUCGGCUCUAUAUCAGCCAGUACCAGACCACCAAGACGGGCGAGGUCAUCCACAAUCUCUCUUCGGAGAUAGACGAGGCGCAGCAUGCACGACUUCGCCGUCCCGUCGCACACGCGUACGCGAUGAGUACGCUAGUCGAGUUCGAACCCUUGGUGGAUUCAACGUCCAAAGCGUUCAUGGAGAUCGUCAAUGAACGCUUCGCCCAAACGGGCAAGAUAUGCCCCCUUGAUCGAUGGCUGCAGAUGUACGCCUUUGAUAUCAUCGGCGAGAUGACGUUCAGCAAACGACUGGGGUUUCUGGAAUCGGGACAUGAUGUAGAUGACAUGAUGCAUCACACCGCACGGGCGAUGGACUAUAUUGGCAUGGUGGGCCAACUGCCUACCCUGGACGAAUACCUUCGGAUCAAGAACGCAGUCCUGCGCUGGCUUCGCCCGUCCGACAACAUCACGCGGUGGACCGUCAGGCAGAUCCGGUCGCACAUCAAGAACGCCGACAACUCGUGCCCGGACUUCCUGACGCGCUUCCUGCAAGCCCGCGACAAGUACCCAGAGAUCAUGAACGAGGAGCAGAUCGAGGAGUACGCCAACACCAACGUCAGCGCGGGCUCCGACACGACCGCCAUAACCCUGCGCUCGCUCGUCUACGAGAUUCUGACGCACCCGGACGCGCACGCCCGCUUCAUGGGCGAGAUCCGUGCCACGCUGCAGGCGCGUCCGAGGGACGAGCACUACGACGACCCGAUCCGCUGGAACGAGGGCCUCAAGAUGCCAUUCUUCCAGGCCUGCAUCAAGGAGUGCCUGCGCUACCACCCGGCGCUGGGUCAGCUAAUCCCGCGCGACGUGCCGGCCGGUGGCGCCGAGAUCGCGGGCAAGUUCCUGCCCGAGGGCACCGUGGUCGGGUGCAACGCGUGGACCGUGCACCGGGACAAGGCGCUGUACGGGGAGGAUGCGGACGAGUGGGUGCCGGACCGGUGGCUGGGUCUGGACGAGGAGAAGGUCCGCCGCAUGGAGAACUUGAACUUUGCCUUUGGGGGCGGCUCGAGGCUUUGCAUCGGCAAGAACAUUGCCAUGCUGGAGAUGACCAAGUUUGUCACGGAGCUUUUCCGUCGCUACGAGAUCGAGUUGGUAGAUCCGAAACGUUGGAGUUUGCGCCCUGGCUGGCUGGUCGUGCAAGAGGGGCUGGAUGUGUACUUGAGGCCGAGGGACCCACAGAGCUUGCUCGAGGGGUAG